AUUUAAAAUGUAUUUCCAUUGUGGAUUAAACCAGAUAGUAAGGAUUGGAGUAGACUGUUUACGUCACCCCCAGGCGCUAACGUUGGUAGCAGUUCCUACCUUACAUUGCUGGCACUUGUUCUCUUCCUCUUCCGCAGUCUGCGAUCAUGGCGUCAGGGACCUUGUACACCUAUCCGGAGAAUUUUCGAGCGUACAAGGUGCUCAUAGCUGCCCAGUAUUCCGGCAGCAAUGUGAAACUCGCAACCGGCUUCGUGUUUGGUGAGACUAAUAAGUCGAAAGAAUUUCUGAAGAAAUUUCCCCUAGGAAAGGUCCCGGCCUUCGAAACUAGCGAUGGACAAUGCCUGACUGAAAGCAACGCAAUAGCUUAUUAUGUGUCCAGCAAGCAACUUCAAGGCAAGACUGAUCUAGAAAGGGCACAAGUCAUCCAGUGGUUGGGCUUUGCAGACAGUGAGAUCCUGCCAGCCUCGUGCACCUGGGUGUUUCCUUGUUUAGGCAUCAUGCAGUACAACAAGCAGUCAACAGAGCGUGCCAAGGAAGAUGUAAAGGCAGCAUUAAACACCCUUAAUACUCAUCUGCUGACUCGCACAUAUUUGGUUGGCGAACGCAUUUCUCUUGCCGAUAUUGGUGUAGCCUGCACAUUACUGCAUCUUUACCAGUAUGUUUUGGGUCCAGCCUUUAGGAAGCCUUUCCAAAAUGUCAACCGUUGGUUUACCACUAUUAUUAACCAACCUGAAGUUAAAGCUGUCAUUGGAGAGUUCAAGUUGUGUGAGAAGAUGGCAGAAUUUGAUGCGAAGAAAUUUGCAGAGCAUCAAGCUGCUCUAAAGAGCAUGUCUCCCAAAGAAACUAGCGGAGGCAGUGCCAAAAAGGAGAAGAAGAAGGAAAAGCAACAAGAGAAAGAAGAAAAGAUCCACAAUGCUGGAGAACCUGCUGAAGAAAUGGAUGCGACUGAAAUGAUUCUGGCAUCAGAACCAAAGAGCAAGGACCCCUUCGAUGCUUUACCCAAAGGAACCUUCAACAUGGAUGAAUUCAAACGCUGUUACUCCAACGAAGAUGAAGCUGUAUCUAUUCCAUUUUUUUGGGAGAAGUUUGAUCCAGAAAAUUAUUCAAUUUGGCUGGGAGAAUACAAGUACAAUGAUGAAUUGCAGAAGGUCUUCAUGAGCUGCAAUCUUAUUUCAGGCAAGUGCAAUAGAAUUCAUUGUAAAGGGAUUUACAUUUGCUUAUGUGUACUUUUAGGGAUGUUCCAGAGACUUGACAAGAUGAGGAAGAAUGCAUUUGCUUCUAUGUGCUUGUUUGGUACUGAUAAUAACAGCUCAAUAUCAGGUAUCUGGGUUUGGAGAGGUCAGAACCUAGCUUUCGAGUUGUCGCCAGAUUGGACUAUAGAUUACGAGUCAUAUCAGUGGACAAAGUUGGACCCUACAAAAGAAGAAACUAAGAGACAAGUAAAGCAGUACUUCUCGUGGACUGGAACCGAUAAAGAACAGCGUCCAUUCAACCAGGGCAAGAUCUUCAAAUAGUGGGAUUGGGUAAAUUACUUUGAAUGAAGCUAACGUCCUUGAGGGUUUUUGGCAUUGGUGGCCACACAAUCCCAGUGAAAUAACUGGAGUGCAGUGUCACCCAGGGCUCGUAAUUUGGGACUUAUCUUCUUUAAGACUCAACUGGAAGAAUAUAUUGCCUAAAGCAGACGCCCUUCUUUUGUUCCUUCCAUUAAAUAUUGGUAAGACUUUUUUUUAAAAUAUUCACUUAUUACGUACUCUAUUCAAAUUAUUUCUCCUGGUAAAGACUUGAUUCAUCAGAGGUUUGACAGAUCUCUAAAGAAAUUUAUUGUACCAAUAUUUAAUAACAAACCCCACAUUAUCAUAGUUCAUUCCAUUCCACCUAAAAUAGAGGGAUCCUUACUAGACAUUUUCACUUAUCACAAUUCUGAAUUAAUGCCAUAGGUAUAAGCAGUGCAAGUCUUUCUGGAAUAUUUCAUUGUGCUACUAUUAAUUGUGCAGAAUUUUUUAUUCCUAACGAAUCCAUGUUGUAUGUAGUAAGUGGUUUAUAUUGUGUGGACCGCCUGUGUUACUUUGGAAGAACGAUAAAAAACUUAUGCUGGUUAUUUAUAACUACAGUGUUGAAUAUAUAUUGAGUGCUGAUUCUUAAUUUUUGUUAUUCUUAUCCUUGCAUCCUUAUCCUGUAAACAUGCUCUAAGUUUGGCAACUGGGAUAUACUGUAUUACAGAGCGUUCAGGGCAGUGAACGAUUAUAAUGACUGCUUCUACCACAGAUGAGCGACACUUAAGACCGCAUCGCUCUCGGCUAAAUAUUCUUCCGCCAGUCAGCUGAGUUGCAUUCACAGCUGGCCGUGGUUGACUGAAUUUUGUUGUUGAAUGUAAU